GUGCACGUCAGUAGAGAAGUUGACUCAGUUCAAUGCUAUCUGUGUAGCUCCGCAAAAUGGACUCAAGUCUUGUCGCCGUGCUAUGGUACCUCGUCCCGCUGUACUUGAUCGUUUGUCUGGUGUGCACGGUGUUCGCAGACGCGGACAUGACCUUGCUGUGGGCCAGUGUGGCGGGGAAGCGGCCAGAGAAGAAGCUGAGGGGCCUGGUGGUGUGGGUGACUGGAGCCUCAAGUGGCAUUGGGGAGGAGCUGGCGUACCAGCUGGCACAGUGUGGGGCUCGCCUCAUCCUUUCUUCACGUCGGGAAAAUGAGCUCCAAAGGGUCAAAAGCCACUGCUUACAGUGCUCUAAUCUACAUAAUGAAGAUAUUCUUGUUCUUCCAUUGGAUUUGUUGGAGAGGCAAUCCCAUGAGGCAAAAACGGAAGCAGCCAUUCAGUACUUUGGACAUAUCGAUGUCUUGAUAAACAAUAGUGGCCGAAGCCAGCGCUCCCUGUUCUUGGAGACCAGUCUUGAGGUAUAUCAUGCUUUGAUGGAGCUUAACUUCCUGGGUACAGUGUCCCUCACAAAGCAGGUGCUUCCUCAUAUGACAAAGCAAGGCUCUGGGAGCAUUGUGACUGUGAGCAGUGUGAUGGGGCUAGUUGGGGCCCCUCUGGGUACUGGGUAUGCUGCAAGUAAACAUGCUCUCCAGGGCUUCUUCAACUCGCUAAGAGCUGAACUAACUGACUAUCCUAACAUCCUCAUCAGCACAGUGUGUCCAGGCCCAGUGCAGUCCAAAAUAGUUGACAAUGCAUUCACAGAAGAUCUGAAUAAGCGCGUCCACACAGUUGGGGGUCAAGAGCACAAGAUGUCCACAAGGCGCUGUGUGCGUCUGAUGCUAGUGGGAGUAGUUAAUGGAGUCCAGGAAAUGUGGAUUGCUCAACAACCUUUUCUUUUAUUUUACUAUGUAUGGCAGUACGCUCCUACUUUGGGCUGGUUCCUCACAAACAAGCUGGGGAGAAAACGGGUGCAGAAUUUCAAAGCUGGUCUGGAUGCAGACUCAGCUUAUUUCAACAAACCCAAAGCAUCGUGAAACUGGAGAACGAUGGUACUGUACAUUCUAAAAAUGUAAACACAUUGCUUAGCUUCUGAGAUUAUACAGCCCUUAAAAUGUGUUUAGGGAAAAACGUUUCACUAUUUGUAAAUGUAUUAUGUAUCGUGCAUUGUUUGGUCCUUUUACACCCAGUUUUUUGUUUUUUUCAUGGUUAAAUUGCCCAUUAUUUCUACAAUAUUAGUGAUAUUUGGAUGAUUUUUGUUUAAAACUUAAUUUUCAAAGAAUCG